UUGCAUUCAAUUAGCAUCAAAAUAUGCUUUUAUAAUAUAAGCUGACAACUCGUGGUCGUCAUUCGUCACAAGAGCCGUAAAGCUGAGACGCAACACACUUCCGUCUACGUUUUUUCGACUCGCGAGCAGUCGUAAUUCCAUUGACGCGACGUUACGUAUUUAAGAUGGUACUGGCAGAAUUAAUCGGAGCAUUCAUCAUUAUCCUGAGUAUUGUUUACAUUUAUUAUAAAUAUGUGAUAUAUAAUUUUUGGCACAAGAAAGGGGUUUUUUAUAUCAAACCCAUUGUACCAAUUGGAAAUAUAUUACCUCUUGUAACUGAAAAAACGCAAGUAGGCGUAUUCUUCCAAGAUGCCUACCAAAAAUAUAAGGAACAUCGCUGUUUCGGAAUGUAUGCAUUUUUUAAACCGAAUUUGGUAAUCACCGAUCUCGACCUUAUGCGAACGGUAUUGACAAAGGAAUUCAAGUCUUUUCAUGAUCGUGGACUGUAUUCUAACGAAACUAUUGAUCCAGCGAUCAACCGUUUGUUUCUUAAUGGGCAAAAUUGGCUACGUUAUCGCGCCAAGAUGACACCAACAUUUACUGCAGGAAAAAUGAAGCAGAUGUUUGUCAUAGUUAAGCAAUGUGGCGAAGAACUCGCAAAGCAUCUGGAGAAGAAUGCUCAAAUGAGAGAUACCGUCGAAAUGAGAGAUAUAUUAACAAGAUAUGCAUCAGACUCUAUCAUGUCAGCAGCUUUCGGUGUCAACACUAACUGUAUUCAGAAACCAAAUGAAUAUCAAAGUACAUCACAGGAAAAGACAACUUUUGAUUCAAAUUUUUUUAAGCGCAUCUUGAUUAGGUUUGCACCGCAAGUUACGGACUUCUUUUCUCUUCCGUUCAGCGUACAAGCUGUCACCAAUUUUUAUAUGAAUUUAUUUCGAGACACCGUGGAAUAUAGAAAAGCUAAUGGUAUCGUCAGACCUGACUUGAUGAGCUUGCUCAUAGAACACGUGGAGAAGGAUUUUGAUCCUAAAGAGUAGAGAGGCUUGCCUGCGCGCUCGCGCGCGCGCGUAUGUUGGUGGCGGAUUUUGGUUCGCCACACCUAUAAUAUUUGCUUUAUAUUUGUCGUCAAUGAUUUCAAGUAUAUCCACAUUAGAGCAACACAGGCAACAAUAUACACGUAUGCAGUUUAACAACAAGGUUAUUAAAAUUAUCUUGUGUUUCCGGCAAUAAAGCGUUUGCACAAUUGUAUGAUCUUAUAAAUUAUUAGGAUGAUAUAAACAAUAACAACAUAAAUUUUGAUGAUUUAAAAAUUGGUAAAAUAUUGCUAGCAAACUGCUAAAACAAUGAAGGCUUAAUUGUUGCAAUUCUGAUAAUAUCAUAUGAUUGCAAGCAAUAUUUAUAUUUAUAUUUUUAAUUUAUUUAUGUAUUUUAAAGUCACAUCAAUUAUAAAUUUAGUUUAAAAGUGA